CGGACAGACCGGGCACCGAGGGAAGGGCGCACGGUCAGGCCAUGCCCGGGGAGGCUGCCCGUGCCGAGCCGCUGCUGCCGGAGGCGGGCAGGCCCGGGCCCCGCACAGAGUCGUCCUGUGAUGUGGCCGCGGCCACCACCCCGAGGGGGGACCGGCUGGAGCACUGUGCCCUGACCCCCGGACCCAGCGCCCUGGCCCUGGAGUUUCUGCCCAGCAAGCCGGGCGCCCGGCCCCCGCCGGACGGAGCCAGCUGGGAUGCAGGGUCGGGCGGCAACCCCUCGGCGUGGGCGGUGCCCGCAGAAGGCAGCCCCAGCCCGGGCUCCCCCGAGGCCCAGCGCGCCGGGGGUCCUCCCCCAGCCACCCUGGAGCCCCGGAUCGUGAUGGGUGAGGAGACCCGCCAGGCGCCCCCGCCAUCCAGGGCAGCCCUGCCAGAGCUCAGGGACCGGGAGGGUGGGCACCCCAGCCUGGACCCACCCCCCGAGUUGUGUUCUCAGGGUGACCCUCCUGUGCCUUGCCCUGCCUCAGACCCUGACUCCUACUUCACACCGCCCUCCACCCCCACCGAGAGCGCCUCUGCCCUGCUCCUUGGCCCCGGGCCCCGCAGGGAGGCCCGGGACACCCCAGCCGAGCCAGGGGACUCGCCGCCUGCCUCACCCUCGGGCUCCUACAUCACGGCAGAUGGGGACAGCUGGGCCUCGUCCCCGUCCUGUUCCCUGAGCCUGCUGGCCCCGGCCGAAGGGCUGGACGUCCCCUCAGGCUGGGGCUUCUCCCCAGCGGGCUCCGUGGCCGACGAGCAGGAGUUGUCUCCCACGGGGCCCCCCGGCCCCCCGUCCCCAGAGUCCAGCGUCUCGGCCGACAGCAGCUCCUCCUGGGGCCAGGAGGGCCACUUCUUCGAGCUGGACUUCCUGGCCAACGACCCCAUGAUCCCCGCUGCCCUCCUGCCCUUCCGAGGCAGCCUCAUCGUCCAGGUGGAGGCCGUGGAGGUGACGCCGAGGGCCCCCGAGGACGAGGAAGAGCAGGAGGAGGAGGUCCCUGUCCCUGGAGGGGACCCAGCCGGGGAGGGCGAGGACGACAGCACGUUCGCGUCCUCCCUGCAGUCCCUGUCUGACCUCUCCAUCACCGAGGGCAUGGACGAGGCCUUCGCCUUCCGGGACGACACCUCGGCAGCCUCUUCCGACCCCGACUCGGCCUCCUACGCGGGCGCAGACGACGAGAGGCUGUACAGCGAGGAGCCCCACGCGCGGCCCGCUGCCCUGCACCAGGACAGUCCUGGCGAGCCCGCUCCCGCCGCCGCCGAGCAGGGGGCUGGCCGAGCCACCGAGCGCCAGGAGCCCGGCGCCCAGCCUGCCACAGGGGCCCCAGAACAUUCUGAGCCUGCCACAGAGGCCCCAGAAUGCCCAGAGCCUGCCACGGAGGCUCCGGAAUGCCCAGAGCCUGCCACGGAGGCCCCAGAAUACCCAGAGCCUGCCAUGGGGGCCUCAGAACAUUCUGAGCCUGCCACAGGAGCCCCAGAAUGCCCAGAGCCUGCCACGGAGGCUCUGGAACGCCCAGAGCCUGCCACGGAGGCCCCAGAACACCCAGAACCUGCCACGGAGGCCCCGGAACACCCAGAGCCUGCCACAGGGGCCCCGGAACCCCCAGAGCCUGCCACGGGGGCCCCGGAACGCCCAGAGCCUGCCACGGGGGCUCCGGAAUGCCCAGAGCCUGCCACAGAGGCUCUGGAAUGCCCAGAGCCUGCCACGGGGGUCACAGAACGCCCAGAGCCUGCCACGGGGGCCCCAGAACACCCAGAACCUGCCACGGAGGCCCCAGAACACCCAGAGCCUGCCACGGGGGCCCCAGAACGCCCAGAGCCUUCCAUGGGAGCCCCGGAAUGCCCAGAGCCUGCCACGGAGGCUCCAGAAUGCCCAGAGCCUGCCACGGGGGCCCCAGAAUGCCCAGAGCCUGCCACGGGGGUCACAGAAUGCCCAGAGCCUGCCACGGGGGCCUCAGAACAUUCUGAGCCUGCCACAAAGGCCCCGGAAUGCCCAGAGCCUGCCACGGAGGCCCCAAAAUGCCCCAAGCCUGCCACAAAAGCUCCAGAAUGCCCAGAGCCUGCCACAGGCCCCCCUAGGCCUUCCAUGGAGGCCACAGACCCACCCAAGCCUGCCUCCAUUGGAGAAGAAGUAGCUGAGGGCCUGUUGGCACCUGAGCAGGGAACCGGUCCCAGUGCCUGUGUGCAUGCUGGUGAUGGAGCCGAGCCCCACUUGCCCCUGAAGGAGGCCCCAGGGGGUGAGAAUCAAGGGGCUGGAGGCCUCGAGUCAGCACCCCAGGGUGCUAGGAAGGCUCCUGGGGAUAGUGGCCCAGAGGUACAUCCUGCUGCUCGCCCCGAGUUUGGCCACACAUGGCCCCAGAGCCCAGUGGAGGAGGGAAGAGCCAACUCUGAGCCCAGGUCCCCUGUUGCUGUGGCCUCAGAAGCUGGGCUGGGCUCCUGCUCCGAGUUUCCACCGAGGUUCGUGCCCAGGCCUGGCAGGGGCUGCCCCAAAGAGCCUGCCCCCACCUCUCCAGCACCCUCUCGGCAGCCAGAGCCCGUGCUGGGCCCAGGCAGUGGAGAGUGGGCACAAGUAGCACCUGGAAGCCCCAGCUCGUCCCCAGCACAAGCCCCCAAAAGCCCUGCCAGGGGCCUGCCCAGUGUGCCCCAAGACAGGCUCCUCGUCCCAGAGCCCUCUGCUCCUGGGGUCCCCACAGAGGCAGCUCCAUGCCCCAUGGCACCCCUCACCCCCUGCCCUUGCCAGGGCCCCAGGGAAGACUCAGAUGAGGGCAAGGAGUCCCCGGGCCCUCUGGGCCUCCAGCCGCCACGGGCAGGAGCCCAGCGGGCGGUGGCUGCCUUCUCAGGAACCAUGAAACCUCCUGGGGCCGGGCAUCGGGUCAGCCUCCCACCCCACUCCCCGAUCCUCAGCCCCAAGACGGCCCCCACGGGGGACACCCAUGCCAAAGACCAGGCCUGGCGGAUCUCGCCCCCCUGCCAAGUGCCUCCUGGCCCUCGAGGGCUCCCGGCCGCCGAGCAGCAAGAUGACCAGGACAGCCUGGAGGAAGACUCGCCGCCGAGGGCUCCAGGAUCCGGCCAGCACUCGGACAGCCACGGCGAGUCGUCCGCAGAGCUGGAGGAGCAGGACCUCUCAGGAGCGCAGACGGCACAGUGCCCGGCCCAGGCCCCGGCAGGUGGCAGCGGCGAGGAGACCGUGGCCAAAGCCAAGCAGAGUCGUAGUGAGAAGAAAGCCCGAAAGGCUAUGUCCAAGCUGGGCCUGCGGCAAAUCCAGGGGGUCACCCGGAUCACCAUCCAGAAGUCCAAGAACAUCCUGUUUGUCAUCGCCAAGCCCGACGUCUUCAAGAGCCCAGCCUCAGACACCUACGUGGUCUUCGGCGAGGCCAAGAUCGAGGACCUGUCCCAGCAAGUGCACAGAGCUGCUGCUGAGAAGUUCAAAGUGCCCACGGAGCCUUCCGCCCUGGUCCCUGAGUCCGCGCCCGGGCCGCUGGUGAGGCCCGAGUGCGAGGAGGAGGAAGAGGAGGAGGAGGAGGAGGAGGUGGAUGAGGCAGGGCUGGAGCUCCGGGACAUCGAGCUGGUGAUGGCGCAGGCCAACGUGUCGCGGGCCCGGGCAGUGCGGGCCCUGAGGGACAACCAGAGCGACAUCGUCAACGCCAUCAUGGAGCUCACCAUGUAGCCGCGGACCACCACCUGACCGCACAGCUCCGCCCCUGCCCCCGGCUCUGCUGCUCAAUAAACAGGUGUCUCCUCACGG